GCUGCCACAAGACGUCAGCGGCAGAUGGCAUGGGUACCCGCUGUUGGCAUGAGUGUCAUUCCUCAAAGAGAGAGGGAAGGGGAAGAGAGAGAGAGAGCGAGAGAGGGGGAGAGUGUGAAGGGGAGAGGAAAAGGAAGAGCAGAACACAGCAGGGAAAGAGAGACUGUGCAGGUUUAAAGCUUUUUCCUCCAAUUUGUGGCUGAUAAGAGAGGAGAAGCUGCAGAUUCCGAGGAGAUCGUUUGGGAACAUGCGCGGCGCACGCUGACCAGAGAAAAUAUGUUGACACUGCCAUUCGAGGAAUCGCAUAUGUGUGAGCCGCGGUUUGGUGCCAAUUUUCCCCGCGAAAGCUUACCUGAGAGCCUGAAGCACGACCGACAGCACAGCACAGACAGGUCCAACUCAGACAUGAGGGAGGCCGAGGACGACAUCUCCGACAGAGAGGAGGACGAAAGGGAGGACGAUCAGGACGAGGACGGGCUUCCUAAAAAGCGAGGUCCAAGGAAAAAGAAGCUCGGCAAGGAGCUGGACAGGUCCAGGCUACGGCGCCAGGAAGCCAACGCCCGAGAGCGCAACCGGAUGCACGGCUUGAACGCCGCGCUGGAGAGCCUUCGCAAAGUUGUGCCGUGUUACUCUAAAACUCAAAAACUGUCCAAGAUUGAGACCCUUAGACUGGCCAAAAAUUACAUCUGGGCCCUUUCAGAGACUCUGAGCGCAGGGAAGAGACCGGACCUCCUCAGCUUCGUACAGACUUUGUGCAAAGGAUUAUCUCAGCCCACGACCAACUUGGUGGCCGGUUGUUUGCAGCUGAACGCGAGAAAUUUCCUCACAGACCACAACGGGGAUGUCAUGUUCUCUGGCAGAUCGCCUUACGAUGCCAUGUACUCGUACCCAGGCUCAGACGUGAACACACCCCCCGGCCACAGCGGGAGCGGCUUGGACAGCAGCGCCAAGACGUUCAGACACUACAGCUACAGCAGCGUGUACGAGCCCUACUACGAAAACCCGUCCCCAGACAGCGGGAGUCCGCAUUUCGACGGCCAGCUGAGCCCCCCGAUGAACUUUAACGGGAUUUUCUCCCUAAAACACGAAGAUCCGCCAGACUACAGCAAAAGCAGCCACUAUGGCAUGCGCUACUGCAGUGCGCCAGGGCGCACGGCUCUUGCGCACAACUCCAUGUACCGAGUCUCCCCAGAGGCCCGUUUUCCCUACGAUCUGCACGUCCGCAGCCAGUCCUUUCAAGCACAAGGGGAAGUUAAUGGCUCUUUCCACAAUUAAUCAAUCAGCUGGACAAAGUUCAAGUUUCAGAAGCGAUGCAAUUUUUUCCCCCCGCAGAUAUCGAGAGUGGAACGAAAUGGACU